AUGGCAUCGGCCCGAGUCGAACGAGAGGAGCUGGCAGAGGUCCCGGCCAUGGCAUCGGCCCGAGUCGACCGAGCAUCGGCCGGAGUCGAGCGAGCGGAGCUGGCAGAGCUCAUGGCGAAGAGGAUGCGCAGUGUGCCCCAGAAGUUAGUCGGCCAGCUUCUUACAAUAUGGUACGCGGAAUACAACACCAGCUUAAUCACCGAAGUCCCGGAUGAGCCCUUCGCGGAGUUCCUCGAGCGGUACUUGUACCGAGUGCAGUACUGUUUGAAAGAAGUGUACCCUAUGGACUCGCAGGCGUACCGAUCCAAGAAUCUGGAGCAGAAGUUCCUGAUCAAGGUUCUCCAGGACAUCUUCAAGAUCCAGCUCGAGCCGGAGGAUUCCUAG